AUUAUCUUUAUAUUUAAUAAAUUGCUUUUUAUCAUAUAAAUGAAUUAUGAGUUAUUAUAUAACAAUUCGUCUAAUAAUUAUUAAAUAAAAAGAAAACUAUAUCAGAGUGUAGAAGUGAUACUGAAUAGGUUAUUGUUGACAUCAGAUAUUACAAUUGUCUCCAAAAAGAUUAUAAUUAUCAUUUAAUUGGAAUAAAUGAAAUGGCAUCACGAUUGACAUUAAAAUUGCUAUAAUAGUGAAACACCGGCAAUUUCAUUUCUCUUGUAAUGGACGAUGUAGAGGUUCCAAUUUUUUACGACGAUGAAGUUGAUUUCGUGGAGCACGAAUAUUUACAAGAUGUGGAAUAUGAAUACGAAUAUGAAAAUGUGGAAAGAGAAACGUUAUUUGAAUUAUAUCAAUAUUGUCUUCGACCUACUAUCUAUGAUACAGUAUCAUACAUAUUGCCACUAUUUAUUUCUACUAUAAUAUUUAGAUUAUGUGCAUAUUCUCGACAUGUAUCACAUAGAACUUUUCAUAUAUUAUCAAUGUUGAUUGGUAUAUGUAACAUUUAUCGUUAUGUAGCAGAAUGUUUGUAUACAUUACUAAUACUUUGCACAAUUUCAUAUAUUACUUUACAUAUACCCAAAAAAUAUUGUAAAUACAUGGGCAUAUUUUUACCAUCACUUUUUAUUAUAACAUAUUGUGAAUUUACUAUGUCAUCUAUAGUAUGGCACAAAAUACGGAGUGUAGUAAUGACUAUGGCAAUGAAAACGAUUAGUAUAGCAAUAGACCGAUCUGAUACAAAUGAUUUACCUAAUAUCUUUGCCUAUAUGGGAUAUAUGUUUUGUAGUGUCACUUGCCUCUUUGGCCCAUGGAUAUCAUUUAAAGAUUAUAUAUCAAUACGUUAUACAACUCAUCAAGAUAAAUGGUGGGUAUUAUAUACUAUUCAAUGUGUAUUUUUAUCCUUCCUUUUUUUGUCUGUUUCAAAUUGUUGGGCACAAUGGGUGAUUGCAGAAACUUCUUGGAAAUGGUUAUUAGCUUAUAGAGAUGCAUUAUCUUUCAGAAUGUCUCAUUACUUUAUUUCAUACCUAGCAUCCAGUUUAUUAUUACUAGGAGGAUUUCCAUCUACAUUAAGUACUGUAGUGAAACCAUUAAAAAUAGAAUUACCACAUUCACUUGUGCAUGUUGUUAUUUGUUGGAAUAUACCAAUGCAUUUUUGGCUAAAAACAUAUAUAUUUCGUCCCAGCAUUAAAUAUUUGGGAAAGUUUGGAGCUGUAACAAUGACCUAUUUAACGAGUGCCCUUUUACAUGGGUUAAAUUUUCAGUUAGCAGCAGUUUUGCUUAGUCUUGGAUUUUAUACCUAUGUAGAAUUUCAAUUUAGAUAUAUGCUUGCUAAUAUUUUUGAUGCAUGUGUUGCAUCAAAGCAGUGCACCAAAACUAAAUGUACACAUGCAUAUAACAUUCACAAUUCAUGGUGGGUGCUUUUAAUAAACAUGAUGUUUUCUGGGCUAUCAAUUUUUCAUCUAGCUUAUUUAGGUCUUAUGUUUGAUACAUCUGAGUUACAAGAAACGGGAUAUAGUUACAUUCAUACUAUUGAAAAAUGGUCUCAACUUGGAUUUGCUAGCCAUUGGGUAGUAUUUGCUACAUACUGCAUAUAUUUUUUGAUCAGAUAGUACUAAUUGUAAGCAUAUAAAUAUUUAUUUUUUUUAACACAUUUCUAAUAAUGAACACUUAACAUUGCUUUUUGUAUCAAUAAUUCAUAUACAUCACAUAUAUAACUUAUUAUUUAACUAAAUUUGAAUAUAAAUGUUAUCCUUUUUUUAAUAAUUGUAAUAUUCAAUAUAAACCGAAAAGUAUCUAAUAGAUUUUUGUAGGAAUUAUCAAAAUUAAUGAGACAAGCACAUGAAUUCUAAAAGUUGUAAAAUAGGUAAAAUACAUGGUUUUUUAGUCGUAUUAACCAUAUAACAGCUAUAAAGUAUAUUUGAAUGUAAAUGUACAUAAAGCAUAAUAUCAAAUAAUUAGUAAUAAAUCAAUAUAGCUAAUAAUAUAAUUAAUAUCAAAUAACGCUAAAAAUUUUAUGUAUUGUUAAAUAAGACAUCAGUGACAUAUAUUAUGCUAUCAAGCUGAUGAAUAUUAUUAAAAUUCAACAUAAUCAUAAUAGCGAAUAAAAGUAUUUUUUCAAUCAAAAUACAAUAAUGUCGUAUUUUAAUUUUUAUUGCUCACAAUGUAUCAUACAAUAAAGAAUAUUAUGUUUGUAAUAUUAUGACAUAAUGUGCUGUAUAUUGCAUUUAAAUUAGAAACACUAAAGGAAAAAUGUUUUAGAAUUAGUUGUAUCCUAGUUUUUAAUAAAAUAUAUAAAAAAUUUUGUAUGCAAUAUCGAAUUACGUAUUUAAGGCAAAAGUUGAAAUUAUAUGUUCAUACAUACCUAUUUCCCCUUUUCUUCAUUUCUCUUUCUCACAUAACACACUACAUACUAACAGAACAUUAUUUCUAAACCAAAUGAUAAUCAACUAAAAUAAAAUACUAACUCUUGUACACAUAAAAUUUCUCUAAUAUACUGCCGUGAGAGCAUAUUCUGUUUUUAAUAUUAGCUGAUCAUGAUAUAUACAUAAUUCUAUAUUUAACUAUAUAAUUUACAGCUACAAAAUUAUACACGAAAAUUUUGUACAUGAGAGAUAUUCAUAAUUUUUAAUAAUCAA